AUGAUACUGACUAUCCCAGCAACCCCCUCCUUCAACAAAGCAUACCAUGAAAUGCCGGGCGCAAAAGAAUGGAUCAACACAAACGCGUUCACUGCCCGAUUAAUCGGCGCAAAGAUCGUGAACUGGGAAACAUUUCCAAUCUGGGCCCUGCGCGAAGCAUUCGAAGAGCCCUUUCGCAGCGUGGCGGAAAACGAUAUCCACGCCCUCGUCGCGGCACAGUGGAUUUUUCAUGCUGGGAAGAUUAUCUACGAGCUCAGUGUUGAAGAGUCUCUUGUUGAGAACCCGAGGAUUACGAAGGGAGGUUCGCUGUUUGAUGGAGAGAGCGGGUUUAAUAUCAAGCGGUGGGCGUUUUGGAAGAAGAGGGCGGGGGAAUUGAAUAAUGAAGCUUCGGACGAAGUUAGAGGGAUUGCUUCUGCUGUCGUUGAGAAGAUGUCCGAGAUCGAAGGGAAGUAG